ACCGACUUCUUCGAAACUCGCAAAGGUUAAUUUUCCCACAGAAACUGUUAUUUUAUUUCUGUUAAAAUACCUAAUUUUCAAAAUGAACAAAAUUAAUUCGCUAAGUUUCGAGCUGAAAAAUAAAGCAAAAAUUAUAAAGCACAAACAACCAAAACAGACCACGCAAAAAAGCUCUAUAAAUAAACAGGUUUAUUUAAACGCGCCCAGCUAAUGCAGCUUUUAUUCACCAAAAUAAUAUAUUUCCUCACUUGAAGUAUUAAGAACACAUUAAAACUGAACGUGUAAGCUCGAAAUUUCAUUGCAUUUAACUAUUAAAAGUUAAAGAUCUUUUCACACGCCUUAUAAAAAAAAAGUUUAGGUCAGCCUCGUUCCCAUGGACUCAUAAAACGGGUCUCAGAGUUUCAUAAUAAAUCCCGUUUUUUGGUAACUUCCCGUAAUGGGAUUUUUUGGGACUUUUGAUAUGUUAAUAAGGAUAAAUUGCCGAGUCUAAAACCGUAGAAAAACCUUCUGUUGCAAUUAGUGGCAGGUUGACCGAUUUUUUUCCAUAAAAUGACUGGACUAUAAUUCGAUGGGGGAUCCGGACUCACUCGCGAUCAAAUAACAGCCGUUAAUAGGUAACUGGCAAAACAUCAGCAUACUAUCAAAGUCAGAAGUUCUCUGAUGGUAUACCUGUACAUGCCUAAAACAGACUUAGUGAUGAUCAGGGCCAUUCAAUUUAAUAGCUCCCACCCCUCCCCCCCCCCACCCCACCCACCAUAGAACUUGUUUCUUACCCUUUAAAAAAGGUCCUAAAGUCCUUAACACAUAGCCCAUUUCUCAAUGUGCAAAGAAAGUUGUGUCCGAUUUUAUAGCCCAGGACCAGGGGAUUUUGCUAUUGAGGUAUUGAAUUAUUUUCUUAACUUGCCCAACGGCAAGUCAAGUUCUUUGGGGGAAGAAGAGCUAUAUUCAUUCCUGCUUGUCAGGCUUUGCACCCUGAUUUUUUCUUCACCCCUUCCCCACCUUAGAAAAAUGGAAUUUUUCCCUUACUCCUCACAAACUUUCCAAAGAUUGAACAUGUCCCAAUGCAGAAAUGCACUUUUUUAAGGAGCAAGUAAUAUUUCUUUGAUGCUGCACACCUAGCUAUGCAGAAAGUAGUCAAAAUGGUGGAGUUUUGUGCAGUUUUAAGGCAUUGUAUUGUUGCCCCAGUGACUUUUAAUGUUUAAUGGUUCAUUGAUUUCCACAUUUAUGUUCUGAAUUUUCAAAUGCAAUACAAAUGUAUGUGUUUAGCCUUCAUUUUGUCAUUGUCAUUGAUGUAGUGUGUUUAUUUGUUUUUAAGGGCUUGUUAUGUUCAAUCAUUUAACAUCUUAUAAUAUAGAUGUAAAUUUCUUUUUUUGUUUAGUUUGCUUUUUGUUUAAACAUUUUUUAUUUGACAAAGUUUGUGCUAAGAGAAAAAAAAACUCUUUGAGAAGGCUCAAGUUUGAAUUGUGUAAAUUAAAAAAUUGCACUAUUUAAAUAGUAAUUAGUCAAAGUGGCAGCAGAACAAACUAUGAGGAUAUUUAAGGAAUACUAACAGGUGGAAAAUACGUAUUUAGGUACUUUUAUAAAAUCUCUUCAAUUCAGAUAUUCAACACUGGAAAAUGAAAAAAAAAUCAUUAUUUUGCACCAAAGACAGUAACGGUGAUCCAGACAGAAAAACUGAUACAAUUGUGCUUUAGAAAUAGAAGACCACCUGUCAGCAAACAUGCAAGCAGCAGAGGAGAGCAGAUUACAUGUAGUCUACGGGCAGAGUAAAGUGGACAUUCAAUUAAAAAAAAUGCUUCACUGUCUUGUUGUGGAAACCACAAAAACAAGCAGGGCUUUCUUUGCAACCUAUUUUUAAAAGAUAAUAGUUAAGCACACAAGUGUCUAAACAUGUCUAAAUCGCUGUUUGCUUGUACAGCUAAACCCCACGUUACUGCCAUCUUGGUAAUAUGGUCACCUCCUUAUUACGGUCACUUUUUUUGGCUGCCUGGCAAAAAUGCCCAUACAUUUUCUUGUAAAAAAAAAACCUCAUUAAUACGGCCACCCCGUUAAUACAGCCAAAUUUUUUUGGCCCAUUGGUGACACCAUAUUAACAGGGUUCCACUGUAUUGACUUGAUAGUAUGGACCAUCCACAGUAGAAAAUUUAGUACCUGGAAAGACCAUGAAGUGGUGCACCUGUGGAUUAAGUGAGAAGCAGCCUUGGUGUGAUGGUAUGUAAAAUUCAUUACAAUUCAAGUUAUCAGGGUCAACUGAAUAGUCCUUUAAAUGCCAUGUUAAUAAGUGAUGGUUUGAAGAUUUUUUGCUACAGUGCUUUAUCAUACCUGUUAACCUUUUCUGAGUAAAAUGCAUGAGGUUUUUAUCUUGCCAUGACAGGAAUAUCCAAACAUUCUCAACAAUUUUCUGAAGCCUUCCAAUCAUUACCAAAACUGUCCGAAGAUGUUCGGACGACUUUUGAGCACAUCCAAAGCUAUUUCAAUGGCAACAUUUUACAUUGUAGCGUGUUGUGAUAAAGUUGGGUGCCUUUUUUGAAUGUUUUCAUUUUGGGAAUAUUUAAUUUAAUUUUUGUUAUUAAUAAUGUGUUAAAGUACUCUAUAUCUGGAUUUGUGACUUUAGCAUGAGAAAUAUUGUUCUUGAUGCAUGAGAUCGAUGUCUUUAGUUGGCAGCCAUGAGAUUCACACAUAAUGCCUGAAUGUUGGCAGGCAUAUAUUUUAUCAUCAGAAACUUUAACACACAAUCUACAUGUAGUAUGACUCAUAAUUGAUUUUUUCCUUGCAGUAAUUAAAUUCAAAUGACUCUAGUGAAACUUUUAGGGUUGUUAUUACACAACAAGAAGAGCUAAUGAGAUGGCAUAGGGGCUGAGUUACAAGGACCAGAGCUAAAUUUUGAUCAUUAAGGGAAACUAAAUUCAGUUUGAGUCAGCCAGGAGUUCUACUGUAGUUAUAAUGCUGUACAAAAAAGUGCCAAAAACAAUAUAUGCCAAAUAAACAGAAGAGGCUUAGUAAACUAAAAGAAAAAACAAAAUCAUAUUGUAUGUCUACUUCCAUUGUCAGCCACUAAAAUGAUACUGUCUUUUUAUGGAAAUGUGUUUGUAGGAAGACACAAGUCAACUGGAUUCAAGUCAAUGAAAUGGAAGGUCCCUGACAAACCUCAGACAAUCUAUACAAUCUGUUGCUGUAAACACACCAAGAAUCCUCCUUAUUGCGAUGGCACCCAUGUCAACCUUCCAGCUUUAGUGGAAGAAAGACAAAAGAAUUGUGCAAACGCUCAUGAACAAGAUAUGAAACUGUGUACAGGGUGUGGGUGGAUUCCCAAAUGGUAA